UAAGGUAGAGCGAUUUGGCAAAGAAUAUUCAGCAACAUGUUCCGAUACUUGGCACUUCUCUUGGCACUCUCAGCUGUCGCCUACGGCGAACACGCUCAGUACGACGAGUUCGGUCGUAUCGUUGGUGGAUCUUCCGCCAGCAUCAGCAACUUCCCGUACCAACUGAGUCUGCGAUGGAACAACGCCCACUUCUGUGGUGCUGCCCUGAUCUCCUCGACAUGGGCCGUCUCAGCGGCUCACUGCACCAUCGGUCGUAGUGCAUCAGGCAUGUCCCUCCAGGCUGGAAGCGCAAACCGCCUUUCGGGUGGUCAAGUCCGAGCCGUUUCCCUGGUGAUCAACCACCCCAGUUACAACGCGAGGACCAUUGACAACGACAUCAGUCUUCUCAGAGUGAGCGUUGCUUUCACCCUGAGCAGCACCGUCCGGGCUGUGGCUCUUCCCUCCCAGGGACAAGCCGUCUCCAGUGGAGUCUAUGCCGUUGUUUCUGGAUGGGGUACCAUGACUGAGGGCGCCAGCAGCCUGCCUACUGUCCUGCAACAGGUCUCGGUGCCGGUUGUUGCCCAAACCACCUGCAACCUUCUCUACUGGGGUGGCAUCACCAGCAACAUGCUCUGCGCCGGCUACCUUGCCGGAGGUCGUGACGCAUGCCAGGGAGAUUCCGGAGGUCCUCUUGUCAGCGGUGGCAGCCUCAUCGGUGUCGUGUCCUGGGGUAAUGGUUGCGCUCGUUCCAACAGCCCUGGAGUCUAUGCUCGCACCGCUGUCUACCGCGACUGGAUCAGAACCAACACCGGUGUCUAAUCGUAAUAAUUUGGAAAACGCGAUUUUGGGUCUUGGUGGAACUGGUACUGCGAAGCUUUGGUGCUCUAGAAUUCGAUUACUAAAAAUUGAACAGAUUGACCAAACAAUAAAAACCUGCAACAGCUCCUGCCAACUUCGCGAUGAGAACUUCACAGCUACAACAACGUCAAAUACGGUACCUAUUCAAGUCUUGACUCCAUACUAGGAGGAUCAUACACUAGACUUCGAUAUACAGAUAGUUGUACAGUUGUCAAUAAACAUCUACGCGAUAUACAAUA